GGAGGGGGGAGGGCCGGGGGCUGAGGCGGGAGGGGGCGUCCGCUGGCUCGCCGCGCUCGCGCUUCUGGUCGUUGCAGGCUGGCGGCGGGUCGGUGACAUGCCUGUGAGCUUCAGAGGCUGAGGCCGCCAGGUGUUUUGUGCAUCUAUUCUUCAGUGAUUACAUACAAAACUAACAUAAUCAUGGCGACUUUCCAGCCUUUCAGAAAUAGUCAUGUGAAGCCGAGAGCGUCUGUCAGAAAAAGCUUCAGUGAAGAUGUGUUCCAGUCUGUAAAGUCUUUAUUACAAAGUGAGAAGGACUUAUGCAGUGUAUCAGGAGAGGACUGUUUAAAGCAGGAUGAACACGCAAAGAUAACUGAGGUCACUUUUCUGGGCUUUAAUGAAGAAACAGAUGCUGCUCAUAUACAGGAUUUAGCAGCAGUGUCUUUGGAGCUUCCAGAUCUUCUGAAUUCACUCCACUUCUGCAGUCUAAAUGAAAAUGAAAUUAUUUGUAUGAAGGAUAUAAAUAGAUCAUCAGAUAUCAACAAGGGUCCUUUAAAUCAGAGUCAUCAUUCUGGAAUGCUUUGUGUCAUGAGAGUGUCACCUACAUUACCAAGACUCAGAAUUGAUUUUAUCUUUAGUCUCCUAAGUAAAUAUGCAACUGGUAUAAGAUACACCCUGGACACAUACUUGCAUCAGAACCACCAACUUGAGACCACUCAUGAAGAUGAUGAUGAUGAUGAUACUAACCAGUCUGUGUCUUCCAUAGAGGAUGACUUUGUCACUGCUUUUGAGCAGUUGGAGGAAGAAGAGGCUUCAAAGCCAUAUAAUGAUGGAAUAAACAUUACUACACUGCGGAGCCAAUGCGAUAUGGCUUCUCAGACUGUUUGUGGUCAUCGUUUGGAAACCCAUGAUUUAAAGAUUUUAGUCAGCUCUGGACAACAGAAGACAUUGGCUAAAGCCUCAUCGCCCUUAGUAAGUGUUCUGGAACGUAAAGAACCACAUUCUGUGAAAACUUCAGUCACAACUUCAAUUUCAGAGCCUUGGAUCCAGAGGAGUUUCUAUAGGUCAUCGAAUACUUCAGAUAAAGGCAAUGAAGCACAGAAAACUUUUUGUUCUUCUCCUGCCUACUCUUCAGAAUCAGAAUGCUCAAGUCCAAGUCCUGUUAUUUUCUUGGAUGAAGAAGGAUAUCAGAAAUGUUUAAAAGCAAAACUUGAGCUGCCUAAAAUUCCUGUGAUGAAAGAUGAUGUAGAAGAUUCAGACUCAGAAGUGAGUGAGUUUUUUGAUAGUUUUGAUCAGUUUGAUGAACUAGAACAAACUUCAGAGACUUCUUGCCUGUUUAUAAAUGAUCCUGUUGAAGGAAAGUCAUUACGAAAGAAAGGGCACAAACAUGAAAAAUCUUGUAUGAAUCCUCAAAAAUUCAAGUCUGAUUGCCCAGCUCUUCCAGCUGAUGUUAAAAAGCCAACUCCUCGUAAGCCAGAAUCUCCAUACAGCAACCUGUGUGAUGCUCCAGAUUCUCCACGUCCGGUGAAAGUUUCAGGGGAUGACAGUGGUUUGUUUAGCCCUAUUCGAUCCUCUGCUUUUAGUCCUCUUGGAAGCUGUACUGCUACUGAAUGCUUUUGCCAAACAGAUAUUGGUGGGACUCAGACUCAUGAUUCUGUUUAUUACACCUACGAAGAUUAUGCAAAUAGCAUUUCAUGUGACGUGCUACAGUCAGUUCUUCAUAACCCACAUACUAAUGAAAUGUCAAAUGUUAAUAGUAUUAAAAGAGAAAAUAAAGCUAUAGCUUUUAACCAUGGAAACCUUGAUCAAAAAAGUAAAUCUAAAAGUAAAUCUUCAAUGAUUAAAGAUAGCAUUCAGAAAUUUGCUGCAGAUCUUGUGGAAAAAAGUUUUGCCAGUGCAUUUAAAGACUUACAGAAAGGAGUUUCUUCAUGCACCAAUGCAUUGUGCCACUUAGCCAUCAAAUUGACAUCGUCUGUUUUUCAGAUGGCCUUUAAUGAACUGAGGAGACAGCAUGCAUUUUCACUAAAACAACGUGCCAUUAGUGGCUUUGCUAAUUUUUUGGUGAGUGAAGCCUUAUCACAUGCCUUAAAAGAUCUACAGUAUGUAAAGAAGCAGAUAUUUACAAACACAGUUGCUAGAUUUGCUGCAGAUCUUGCAGAAGAGCUUGUUUUUGAAGGCAUCAUGGAAGUGUGUCAGUUUUCAUAUCCUUCAACACCUGCAUCUCCACGGUGUCAGUCCUUUGAUUUUGAAGAUAAAGUAGUGAAAUCAUAUGCAAAAGAUUUGUCUGAGUCUGUAAUACAGGAAGCAUUCAUUGAGCUAUCCCAAGUUGAUGUGCCCUUCACGACAAAGGCAGCAGUUAGUGUUUCUACAGAUAAUAUCAAGUAUGUGAAUGCAGAAAGUGUAGCACCAUCUACACAGACCCUCACAUUUUCUCCUUCUCUUAACAAUCAAGCCAUUAUGGUGACAAAACCAGUGCCGGAAUAUAAAAAAGAAUACACCGUGCAACAGGCCUUGUUUUGUACUUCAGGAAUUGUCACUUCUAUUCCAGUGCCCUUGGCAGGAAGUGCCCUUCACCCUUAUCACAUUUCCUCUACAGUAUGUCAGACAGAUUCUCGUCUGUCAUCUGAUUCAAAUGGUGAUUCUACCCAAACACAUGUUACCAUGAUAAACAAAGAAGAGGAAAUAGCUUGUCUCAGAAAGGUUCGUUUACCUCCAGAACCCCAUGUAGAAAAGCAGAAUGAUUGCAAACCAACUCAUAGUGAUACUGAAAUUCAAAGUUCUUCAAAAUUAACAAGUGAAUUUAACAACUUUUCUGCAGCAAUGGUACAUACAAUAGUAAAUGAAACUUUAGAGUCAGUGACACCAUUCAGAGUUACAAAAGCAGCUGAUGAACAUGCUAAUUGUUUGACUAAAACAAUGAAAGGACAUACCUCUCUUUGUCAUCAGGAAGUACCACAAGAGGGGGAAGCUUGCAGUAAGGACAUGUUUGCUGAACUGUUAUCUAAAUCUGUUAUUAAAGAUUCUACAGAUACAAGCAAAUUAAUGAACUUAACCACAGAUACAAAUAUAGUACCUAAGGAAGGCUUGCCUUUUGCUGGAAAGGAAUCACAGUUGACAUCAGAAAAGUUCCCUAAAUUUCUUGAUGCUCAAGAUCACUUACCUUGCUGUUCACUUUCCAUGAGAAGGGAUUGUGUUCCAGAAUGUAAAGAUGCGACGGCUCAUGGAAUUUCUUUAGAGACACUACCACCUUGUCCAAUGAUGGCAAGUCAGAAACCUGAUCUGAAAGAACUUUCUAAGGAUAAACCAGUGAAAAAGCAUAAUUUGAAUGAUACAGCACUUGAGCCCUUGCCUUUUGGGCAGGAGAGCCCUUUCCGUCACUCACAUACUUUCUCAUCAACAGUGCUUACCUGUGUAGAUGGAUUGCACGUGGAAGAUAAGCAGAAAAUCAGAGACGGAAAUGUAAUACCUGGUACUCCUCCAUCAACUCCUCUAGUUCCAUCUCAGGCUAGUUCUGAAUGGGAUAUCAAGAAGCUAACCAAAAAGCUCAAAGGGGAGUUAGCCAAAGAAUUUGCACCUGCUACACCACCUUCUACGCCUCAUAACUCAUCUGUUGGUAAUCUGUCUGAAAAUGAACAGAACACUAUAGAAAAAGAAGAGUUCAUGUUGAAACUCAUGCGAUCUCUUUCAGAAGAGGUUGAAAGUAGUGAAGGUGAAGAGCAUCCGGAAAUGAGUAUGAAGCCAGAGCACUCAGGGAAGAAAGUGCAGUUUGCAGAAGCGUUAGCUACACAUAUAAUUUCUUUUGCAACUGAAACUGCAGCCUCCCAUUUAGAUCACAAAAUAAUACAAGAACCCGAGGUUCAAAAAUCUUGCUUUAAUGUGCAAAGUAAAGGAAGAACAUUGCCCACUAUUUUAAGUCAGUCUGAUGAAAAUUUUCAGACAGGUAGUUUUGCAAGUGAUAUGGCAGCAGAAAUCAUUGCAGAAGCUGAGAAAAUAGCAAAAGUUAGAAGUUCUGUACUUCACAAGCAAAGGAAGAAUCUCUGUUUUAUUGAUGGGGACCAAGAUUAUAAAUCAGAAGAGAAGUUGAAUAUGGAGGUGGUAGCAUAUCCUAGAGAAGUAGAUCCAUUUACUCUUUCACUACCAACAAGUUCUUGUAUGUCAGGUUUGACAUACAAGUAUCCCAGUUGUGAAAGUGUGACAGAUGAAUAUGCAGGUCAUGUUAUCCAAAUAUUAAAACAGGAGGGCGGUAAUGGUGAAUUAAUAAUGGAUCAGUAUGCCAGUAGGCUUGCUUAUCGGUCCAUUAAGUCAGGUUUACAAGAAGCAGCUAAGACAGCCAAAAUGAAGUGCAACCCAAAAAUGUUCCCUGUGCAAAGUGCACAAGUGCAAAUAAACAGCGAACUGUUAAUGUUCUCAAACAGAGAACACCACCAAGAAGAAGGUAAAAAAAGUAAAAGAAAAAGAAAUGGAAGUCACCUUUGUCAAAAUCAAACUUGCGAAAGGACAAGAGAGACAUGGAGGAAUGAGGACUCUCACCUAUACAGUUUUUCAGCCUCCCUUGCUCACUGCAUAACAAGAGACGUUAAAAAAGAGCUGACGGCACCUAAAGUUGAUUCACAAAAAUCUUUAACAGAUACCUGCCUUUUUGAAAAAUCUGGAUAUGCUGAAGAUACUGAGUGUCUCGCAGAACCAGAAUUUUCUAAGCCUCUUCAACCUUCCUCACGAAAUCAAGGAUUUCGCCACAGUACAGACAGUUUAAAUGGACAUGGUUGUGGAGAGAAUGUUGUUCAAGUUAUAGAACAGUAUGCUAAAAAAGUAGUGGAUGACACUUUAGAAUUAGGUCUGGGAUCCAAAGUUUUCCGAGCAUCUGAGACCACAAAAUCAGUAGAUAGGAUCACCUAUGCAGAAAAGUUAUCACCUCUUAUAAAUCAGAAUUGCAGAUAUUGUGACCUUAAGGAGUUCCAUGAUUGUACUGGAAAUUCAUCUCAGCACUCUUUCAGACGGGAUUCACAUGUUAGUAGUAAGAUCGUUACAAAUUCAAACUUUAGCAACAUCUAUCAGAGAUCUAGAAUUUUUCACCUCGAUGUUCCUCAGAUUCAUGUAAAUCUUGAUAAAAAAUCAUUACUUGCUGAGAAGAUAGUAGCUGAAGCAAUUGAAAGAGCAGAGAGAGAGCUGAAUAAUACCAGUUUGGCAGCUGACAGUGGAAUUGGACAAGAUGGCAUUAGUUUUGCUGAAAGCCUUACUACAGAAAUAAUAACAUCAGCCAUGACGAAUGUUGGACAUGCUGUUAGCAGUUCAAAGGAAAUAGAAGACGCUCAGUCCUCUGAGUCGCUUGGUAGCCAGCAGAUGAAUCUCAGUAUUGGUGAGGACAGCACUGGCAGCUGGUCCAAUUUAAGUUUUGAGGAUGAACACCAAGAUGAAAGCAGCAGUUUUCACCACCUCAGUGAAAGCAGUAGUGGUAACAGCAGUAGCUGGAGCAGUCUUGGUUUAGAAGGAGAUUUGUAUGAGGACAAUUUAUCCUUUCCAGCAUCAGACAGUGAUGAAUCGGAUGAUAAAGAUGAAGAGCAUGAGGACGAUGUGGGACAUUUGGAGGGAGAUGAAAAGACUUUGCUGAUUACGAAUAUUGACUUGGAGCCAUGUACAGUAGAUCCCCAGUUAAGGAUUAUUCUUCAGUGGCUCAUUGCUUCUGAAGCUGAAGUUACAGAACUUUAUUUUCAUGAUUCUGCAAAGAAGGAAUUUAUAUUAAUUUCAAAACGGUUACAAGAGAAAGGAUGGAAAGUGGGAGACCUCCUGCAGACUGUGCUUAAAUACUAUGAAGUGAUGGAAAAAACUUCCAGCGAGGAGAGAUGCAAGUCACUGUUUGAUUGGCUUUUGGAAAAUGCAUAGAAUAAACCCCAAACCAGUAUAUUUUAUUAUUUGUUUUGAAAGGGGAAGAAAAAGAUAUGUUUAGGGUAAAUUUGAAUAGUAAAUAUGAACAUUUUAGGUGAUUUGGGAGGAAAGUACAGCUUUUUAAGUGCUUUCUGUCAUCACAAAGUGUAUAUAGUUCAUACUUUUGUAAUCCCUGUUAAAAUAUUAUCUUUACCUGUUCUUCUGUGCACAUAGGUAGUGUGUGUAACAUAUGUGUAAAGGAAGGAAGGUCAGUCGGUCAGUUGGUCGGAAGGUCUUUCCAUAAGGUUUCUGGGGACAUUGUCUGACCACAUUUGUUUCGCAUCCAAAGAGUCCUGCUUGAAACUGCGGUGGUGGAGAGGGAGGUGGCCCCUGGUAGAGUUAUAACCGCUCCUUUGCAAGUGAUAUCUGACUCAUGACUCAUCAUCGGUAACCAAAAAAUAAAAUUAAGGUUGGUUGGUUUGCUUUUGGCAAAUUUUUAGACUUUUUAUCCUGUUUUAAAAAAUCAGUUUUGUCAUUAGCUCAGCUGCUGACAAUUUUUGGUUCCCUCCAAACUGUUUAAUUUUUUAGCAGGAAUAUUAUUAUUUUAGAUUUCUGUAACUACCAUGAGUGAUAGUUUCUCAGGCCUACUGUCAAAUGACAUUAUUUGCUAAUACUACCAAUCAUUAUAGCAUGAAUGUGUACGUGUGUGUGUGUGUGUGUGUGUAUGUGUGUGAGUAUGUUUGAAUGUGUGUAAAGGAGGACUUUAACCUUGUCAUUGGUUUGUUUCCUCUUUUAUUUUACUCUUUUCUUAGUUAGAAACCAUUGUUAACAUUGAAAAGGUGCUUUAAAAUAAAAUGUCUGUAAGAUUAUGCAGUAAGCAUUAUGAAUUUACCUAAAAAUGAAAAUUCAAGUUGAAAAACAAUGAAAUUUAAAAAGUAAUGUUAAUUCAUAGGAGCCUAAUAUUUUUCAUUGUUAGAAUUUUUGAGAAAAAUAAAACCCUGCUUAUCAAGAAUUAGUUAAUCUAGAAAAAUUGUGACCCUCUUCCCCAAACACAAUGUAUCUGCAAUACUUUGUGAAGUUCUCUGCAUGAUCUUUCUGGGCUCCACAUUUCCUACUCGUUAUCUUCAGAAAAGGCAAGGUGACCUGAACAGAAGGACCAAGAUUGUGUCUUGGUUUUACAUGUGUAGGUAUGUAUGUGCAACUUAUUAAUUCUUCCAGUAGUGCAUUUUGUAAUGUGGGAUAAAUCAGUUUUUCCUGUAGGCUUUGGUUUUUUUUACUACGUUGUUUCCCUCCAAAAAUUAUUUUGGAAGCUGCACAAAGUGUAGAAGACAUAGCAUCUGUCAGGGAAUACAGAAUCAGGACAAUUACAGCAAUUUGAAUUAGUAGUUGUGGUAGAGAAAUAUGAUUUGUAGUGAAAGAUUCAGAUUUGCUUUUUAAGAAAUACAUCAAAAUACUUAAAUAUUUUGAGGUUACACGGCGGGCUUUGGUUUUUCUCAAUUUAAGACACAGGUAUAGGAUGAUCCUCAAACAUAAAGUUUCCUAAAAGUCCUUCAGGUGUCUUUUGAGGCAAACAAAAGGAAAUACAUCAUGAGGAUUGUUUCUGCCUUUAGUUGUUAAGAAUUUGAGAUGAGGCCGCACUGGAUUGGAGUUUAAAUGUUAGGACUUGGAAUGUUUGCUCUUCUUCGUUGUAAAUUAAUUGAUUAAGGUCAGAUUACAUUUUUACAAGUAACUAUCAAAUUGUAUUUGGUAAUUUGAGUGUAAAUAUGGAUUGGAGCAACAACGAAACUGGGUUCCGAAUUUCUUUUAAAGUGACGAUAUAUUUUGUAAAAGUUUCUGUGUUUGAAAUGCUUAUGUUAAUUUAUGUUAAUGAUACAGUCAUUUUGAGGUAAAAUUUUUGACGUAUUCUUACUUUCUUUGCAUUUUGCCGGAGCCGUGCUGGGUUCAGAGUUCCAUUGUCUCACCACUACCUAGGGAAAAACCAGUCGUGAGGUGUUAGCAUGCGUGAUGAUGACAACAGUGGAACUCCACGUGUGCAUCAAUUCAGUGCAGGGACAUUGAGAAAAAUGUUAAAUAUUGGUAUAUGUAAAAAGAAACGUGAGUUAAGCUUCCUUGUAUAGAGAGAACAUUAGAACGAUAUCUUUUAAUCAUGUACAGUCUAAAUUUAACUUUCUUUAAAGACUCUGAUUUCUCCAAAGAUGUUAUAGAUCUGUUUGGUUGCUCAGUCUUGAAAACAGCUGUGUUGCGGGCAGCUCUGUCUUGCUUUACUACAAAGCUGCUUGACAUAUUUAUAUUGUAACAUCAUCAUAUUGCCAUUCUGUACAUUUUGGUCUUAAUGAAAUAUGUCUUAUUCAAAAUUAUUAAAAUUGUGAUAUGCAGUGAGCUGAAUUCUUUGUUUACCAGUUUGAAAUCAUUGUGUGAUCCACAGAAAUAAAGUGAGUGAAACCUCUUAAUAAGGGUUUUCACAACAUUCUUUCAGUCUAAAAUAGGGCAGUUCUUUCAUGUUCUUUUCCUAAGCCAAGGUUAAAUUAAUUUGUAUUUUGGGCAUUAUUAAUAUAAAUUUUGAAAAUGCUUCCUCAUUUAAUAAAAAUGAAUGAUUCAUUUAUAAAUCAUGGAAGAAAAUGACGGUGUCCUUUGGAUGAAUGAAUGAAUAUGAUUUAGUGGCAUUAAACCUUUUAGAGUAACUCAGUGAACAAAUGUGAUACCUUUAUAUUUAAAAAACGUUGCACUUACCCUCUCAUAUAUUUGAUGUGAAUUGACUCAUAGUAAUUUAAUUCUACUUAAGGGUUUUAUAUUGCUGGUAGGAGAAUUUAAUUGCUUAAGUAAGGUAUGUAUAAAAUGAAAGAUCAUUUACCUGUCUCACAUUACUACACGUUCCCCAAAUGCAAAGUGUAGUUUUUGCUCAUCAGAGUCCUGUCUGACGAUAACUACUUAAUUUCUUAGCUAAUAUUAUUCCACAGUUAGUAUCAUCAGUUUCCCACCAGUAUAUCACUUUGCAUUUUAUGUUUUUCAAAGAAACUUUACACUGAAUUUUAAAAAUGAUGCAUCCAUACUCAAGGUUUAGGAAAGAGCCUUUGCAUUUAAAACCCUGUCCACCUGUUAACUGCACAAGAGAACUAGAGCAUCAGUGGGAAUUAGAGAAGUUGUACUGUAAAGCGAGAUGCGUUUUUUCUCAUUUUCAGAAAAUCCUGCAGAACAUUUAAUCCUUUACUGUAUUCUUGCUCUGAAGAUGCAAAUACAGUGUUAGUCACUCUUGUCACUUUAAUUAAUUUAUUUUUAUUUUACCAUCCAUGUACAUUCCUUUCAUUUAGAGUUGUAGUUCUAGAAGUUCUCAUUUGUUAUUGUUGUUGUAAUGUUUGAAUACUGUUUUAAUACCAGGUUUUAAUAUUGCUGAAUUUGCUACCUUUGGUUACUUGUGCAGUGUUAAAAAGUAAUCCACAUUCUUGUUUAAUUACCAGGUAUAUAAAAAGAAGCUUUGAAUAAUUAUAACUGUUUAUUUGGCUGUGCUCAGUUAUUAUGUAAAGAUCUUACACCAUGUAACAGUAAGUUUUUUGCUCUUCAGUAAUUAAAUGUUUGCUUACCAAAAUAAGAAUUUCAGGUUGCACUAAACUUUUGUGUUAGUAGUGGCUUUAAAAAAGUUUUGAAAAUUACUUUUGUAAUAAUUUGCAAUUAAUUGUUCUUUUACAGUCGUUUAAGCCUGUGAUUUCCUCUCCCAACUAAGAAUUCUUCAAUAAAUUUAAGAAAUGUA